UAACAUUGUCUGCAAGGAUACAAGAAGUAUACAAGAACAUGGGAUGGGCUAUGCAUGGAUGUAUCCCCUUCUUUUGCUGGCUAUCUGUGACUUAAUUUACUGACAGAAUACAACAGCUUCAACAACUCCUGCUGAACCUCCUAAUGGGACAUCCACAUCAGUACAAACAGCAAUGUCAACAAUACUUGUUGACUCAUACCUGAAUCAACAAAUACAACACACGCAAUUAUUCAAGAGAACACCACUGAACUAUUUAUGAACCAAUCCAUGCCAACAACUGUUAGCUUCACAACAGAAACUGCUACAACAACUGCUCCUAACACAACUACUCUUGUUGGAACAUCAUCUACUUCUACACAAUUAACAACUGCAGCGGCCUCUCCAUCCACGCCAGGAGUAACAAUGACAGAGAACAUCACUGAGCAAUCAACAACAGAAUCCACAUCAAACUCAACAUCAGAGAACAAUCUCACAACAACAGCAAGCUCUACAACAACUGCUCCGAACACAACUACUCUUGUUGGAACAUCAUCUACUCCUGCACAAUUAACAACGACAACAGCCUUUCCAUCCACGCCAGGAGUAACAAUGACAGAGAACAUCACUGAGCAAUCAACAACAGAAUCCACACCAAACUCAACAACAGGGAACAAUCUGACAACAACAGCAAAUAUAACAAAUACCUCACAAACCUCAGCAUCAUCGUUAGUUACACAAGAGCUACCAACUGGACAGAGCAGCACUCGAUCAUCAACGCCUCAGAACAUGACAAUCUCAACAGGUGUUCUCACUUCCACAGCACAAGCUACAACAACUGCUCCGAACACAACUACUCCGGUUGGAACAUCAUCUACUCCUGCACAAUUGACAACUACGGCAGGCUCUCCAUCCAUCCCAGGAGUAGCAACGACAGAGAACAUCACUCAGCAAUCAACAACAGAAUCCACAUCAAACUCAACAACAGGGAACAAUCUCACAACAACAGCAAAUACUACAACAAUUGCUCCGAACACAACUACUCCUGUUGGAACAUCAUCUACUCCUGCACAAUUGACAACUACGGCAGGCUCUCCAUCCAUCCCAGGAGUAGCAACGACAGAGAACAUCACUCAGCAAUCAGCAACAGAAUCCACAUCAAACUCAACAACAGGGAACAAUCUCACAACAACAGCAAAUAUAACAAAUACCUCACAAACCUCAGCAUCAUCGUUAGUUACACAAGAGCUACCAACUGGACAGAGCAGCACUCGAUCAUCAACGCCUCAGAACAUGACAAUCUCAACAGGUGUUCUCAAUUCCACAGGACAAGCUAUCGAUGAAUGUGCAGCCAACACAUCAAACUGUCAACAAACCUGCACCAGUAUAAUUGGAGAUUACAUAUGCAGUUGUUAUCCUGGCUACAGCGUCACCAUUCAAUUCCCUUUUCUUUGUGAAGUUACUCAAAAGACCUGGAGCCUGAUUUCCAACUUAUCGCCCAGAUAUAAAGCUACCAUUGCCAAAUGGCUACCUGGUAGAGAACGAAACCACCUCCACAUUUGUCAACAUUUCAGCAGAAGAGCCGGGAGGAUGAUCUAUCUGAAAUCCCCAGCAUCACAUAUAUUCACGUUUUGCCAGUUUAAACAUGUACCUGGCAAUGUGGAAACUUUCCCAGGUAAGUCCUCUCCACAAAAAGCAAGAUCUAGCCAAUUUACCCCAGCUGUCUACCCUUAAUCAUCAGCAACAAAAUUUAGGGGUUUUUGAAAGUGCCAAGAAACCAAGCCACAACCUGGUCCCUGAUGCUGAGUUUGGGUUUGUGAGGCCCACUCAGCUCCUGGCAUCAUUACAAAAUUAGUCCUGAAAUGUCAAUUUUCCGGAUCCUCUGAUGCUGCCUGACCUGCUGUGUUCCUCCAGCUCCACAUUGUGUUAUAACAUGCCGAUGGCACCUGCUCUGGCCAAUGUGUGAUUCCACAUAAUAAUCCUUUCAAAAUACAACAUAUUUUAGUAACAUUAUAAGUUUUCCAGAAACUCUUUGAUUACACAAUACACAGAUAACAUUUUCAAUUUGUCACAUUUUACAUUGAAGUAUUUUGCAUUGGAAGCAAAACUAAUCAAAUCUGACAGUUUUCAUGUUCAAUUUAUGAGCGUCCCUAUGCUUUUCAAAUAAAAAUUUGCUUCACUACUAGUUGAUUUACUUUCCUUCAAACUUCAAAUGACACGUCCUUUCCCAUUCUGUAUACUCUUCCAGUUUUUACACAUCCUUUUGCCUAAAAUUGUUAUCCUUGUUUUUGUGUUUUUUGGAAAAAGCCUGUGCCCUCAACUAACAUUUAUGGUGGGUCUAAAAAGUUUAGAUUUUUUCUACUGCAUCAGUUUGCACAGAUUUCAACUCUUGGUCUAAGGUUACUUCCCUGACUGCAGGCUUUAUUGUAGAAACAUUUGAAAAAAGAUGUUAGCCAACCCAACAUCCAAAUUGCUAUGAAAGACAAUCUAAUUCUCCUCUUCAGUUUAAAUGCAGCAUUGUGUUUCUGCUGAGGAAAGUCCUCAUUAGCUGCUGUAAAAAUUUCAUUUCAUUGAGAGUAUGUUCAACCAAGAACUUUCAUUCAGUUCACAGAAUGUUCUGGAACUCCUCCUGUUUCUGUGCUUUCCACUGAAUUCAAUUUUGUCAAUUUUGUAAUGCUAAAUGUUUCCAAUCCCAUUUUGUAGAGUCCCUUUCCAACAAAACACUUUGCUCCUUUGCCGUAUUAUUAACUGAGAGCUGUGUCUCUACUGGGAUUGCUACGUCUUAAAUAUGUUUUCUUCAUGUUUUUAAUUCAGGCUGUUUUAAAAUUUUUCCAACAGACAUUAACUUUUAAUGUCCAUAGUCUGAUGCGCAAAUGUUCUCUUUAAAUCAACCGGUUGAUUUUUACUCUUCAAACAUACCAGUUAUCAGGAUGUCAAUAUAACAUCAGGUAUAAACACAGUAAUUGUCUUUUCCAAUUACUCAAAUUUCAGUUUCAGCAGUCUUGGCAGGCUGUUCUGAAAACUCCAAAGAUAGCAGUAUCUCAUUUCCAGCCAAAUAAUUUCCCAAUAAGAAGUUCAUCCUUUUAAUUACAGAAUUGGGAACAACCUGUAACCAAAUUUUUUACACAGAGAGUGGUGGGAGUGUGGAACACACUGUUAGGGGUGAUGGUGGAGGCAGAUACAAUAUGGGUGUUUAAGAAACUUCUAGACAAACACAUGAAUAUGCAAGGAAUGGAGGGGUAUGGAAAAAGGAAUUUGUUUAAUUUGGUGUCAUGUUCAGUACAACAUCAUGGGCUAUAUUGUUCUAUGGCUUAUGCACUAUGCAACCCAGCAGUUAUCUCAUUAGUGGUUAAUAUGGACAUUAAUACAUUAAAUCCUAAUGUACACAAUCCAAACGUAACAUUUGAUACCUUUCAUGUAUUUAAAUAUUUUUUUAAAUAGGAGAAAAAAAAGCACGGAUUGAUAAGUUCUGUAGUUGAUCAAAUAUAGAGGCAAAUUUUGGGAGACCCUUGUAGAAAAAUAAAACUAUCUGUAUUGAAAUUACCAUUGUUAUUAAAAAAAUCAUUUAAGCCAGCCAACUGAGUCAACAUUCUCCACUUUUAUUUCUAUGACACUUGUAUGAUGAUUUGGGGGAUGAAAAGUUCACUGACAGGUCGCCAGCUUCAAAAAAUGAGGGAUCUAGGCCAUGGAAUCCAUUGAACUAUAUUUCAACAGCUGAUUUUGAGUUGCAGAGC